AUGGAGGAACAGGAUGAUGCCCAAGGGCCAUCGGGUGAGGCUGCUUCUGGGAAUCUCACCAUCCUCACCACCAUCCUUGUUUCCAAUGGCCACUCCCCCGUUCAGGUUGUUGUUUCCAAUGGGGACCAACUCCCUCCCCAGACACCUCACCUCUCUCACGACCAAUGCAGAGUUUGUUAUGGGGACAUGGAAGGAGAUCUGAUAGAUCUUGGAUGUCAAUGCAGAGGUGGGCUUGCAAAAGCUCACCGAACAUGUAUAGAUGUUUGGUUUCAUACAAGAGAUUCAAACAUAUGCGAGAUAUGCCAAGAAGUAGCCGCAAAUGUGCCACCUCCGGAGUCCCAGACGGGCACAAAUUACCAAGCCCUUGGAGCGUUAGAUAUUGCACAGGAAAUAGAAGGGGAAGCGUCUUUUGAACCAGUUUGCUUGGCUUUGGCGAUCUUCCUUCUUUGUAUCCUGUCGGAUGUGCUGAUACCAAUCUUUCUAGAUGCCUCUUCGCUGUUUGUCAACAUCACAACUGUUGUUAUCAAUAUACUUGGAUUUGGAACUGCAUUUUGGCUUCUGGAGUCGCUCGACAGAUUUUAG